GUCAUCAGAGCCACCGGAAGCUGCCGGACUGUCGUCGCUGAGGUCUUGUGUUUCCUGUUUACUGGCGGGAAGAGCGAAAGAAUCUGGACCAUCGGUCUGUUUUCAAAACGCACGUUGCUUUUUAAAAUUAUUAUUAGCGCAGUUUCAAUCAUUUAUGAUAAACCGAAUUCCACAUGAUUUGGAUACAUAUAUUUGCUUGACCUGUGCUUAUAGUUUAAAGGGUUUUGAAGCGCGAAACCGAUGGAGGAGCCCGCUGACUCCGUCCGUGGUGGGUCAGCACAGGGCCCCACCGCGCAAGUAGCAGAGAUCCGCUGCCCAAUGGCAGCGCGUCCUAUGCGGCUGCUGGAAUGGAAAGUCAAACCAGGGUCCCUCGUCAAUGUGGACUCGGUGUUGGGGUUAUGUGUUCCCAUCCCGCUGGAGAAAGAGCCCGGGUCUCAGCCGCCAGAACAGCCCAAAAGGCUGCCAGAGAAGAAACUGAAAUCGGAUCGAGCUGGAGUGGUGAAGGACCUAUGUUGCCUACUUGGACAAGUCAUAUCGCCUGGUGCUGUGAUUGUCAGAGUAGAAGAAUGCAGUCAUCCAGUCGUGAUGAAGGGGCUGUGUGCUGAAUGUGGUCAGGACCUCACACAGAUGCAGAGUAAUAAUGGGAGGCAGCAGGCUCACAUCUCCACGGCAAACGUUUCCAUGGUGCACAGUGUCCCCGAGUUGAUGGUCAGCUCUGAGCAAGCGGAGCAGCUGGGCAGAGAGGACCAGCAGAGACUCCACAGGAACAAGAAGCUGGUUCUUAUGGUUGAUCUGGACCAAACCCUGAUCCACACCACCGAGCAUCACUGUCAGCGCAUGUCCAAUAAGGGAAUCUUCCACUUCCAGCUGGGGCGGGGGGAGCCCAUGUUACACACGCGACUGCGUCCGAACUGCAAAGACUUCCUGGAGAAGAUCGCCCAGCUCUAUGAGCUGCAUGUCUUCACUUUCGGAAGCCGCCUCUAUGCGCACACCAUCGCAGGCUUCCUGGACCCUGAGAUGAAGCUGUUCUCCCACAGGAUCCUGUCCAGAGACGAAUGCAUCGACCCCUUCUCCAAGACAGGGAACCUGAGGAAUCUGUUCCCGUGUGGUGACUCGAUGGUAUGUAUUAUAGAUGAUCGGGAGGACGUGUGGAAGUUUGCUCCCAACCUGAUCACUGUGAAGAAGUACAUCUACUUCCAGGGCACAGGAGACAUCAACGCCCCGGCCGGGUCUAAAGAGGCCCAGCAGGCAAGGAAAGCCGGCAGCCAGGCCUCGGAAGCAGCAGUAACGUCCGGGCCUACAGCGGGGUCGUCUGCGCCAGAGGAACGGAGUAACGGCCGUAAGAAACAGCGGUCUAAAGACCACAACAACGGAGAGAGGGUGGAGUCAACAGCCCCCUCAGCCACUCAGGAAGCUGCAGCCAAUGAACGGACUCAACCGGGCGAGGCUGUGGAGGAGGGGCGGGGUCAGGGCGGGGGGGCCAAUGCCAGCACGGCAGCACAGGUGAGUGACAGGACAAAUGUGAAAGAGAAUGUGCAAGGAGAGGAGGAGGAUGGCAGCAGGACAGUGGGCUCAGAGGAGGAAGCUCCUCCUACAUCCUCCACUCCUCCAGACCUCCAUGAGCCCAACAGCAACCUGGACUUUGACCUGUCCAGCGACUCUGACUCUGUUACGUGUAAACCACCCUCAUCAGACAGUGAGGGGGAGUAUAGCCAGACCAGGAAGUCCAAACAGGAAGGGGUGGAGCAGGCGGCAGUAGAGGAGCCAUCAGGCGGGGCUGGAGGAAAGGAAGAGGGGGGUAUUAAGCAGAAGCGCACCGGGGAGAACAGCUCCGAGGUAGGAGGGGAGACGUCUGUGCUUGUCCUCCCUCCUGAGCAGGAAAACGGGUGCUCAGAACCGAGGGUGGCUGAGUCAGAGUCCCAGAACAGUGAACAGUCAGGAGUCACCAUGGAGGAGGAGGAGGUGGACCAGGAUAACCACCUCAUCUACCUACAAGAGGUGCUGGAGCGUAUCCAUGGAGAAUACUACGCCCGCUACAGCGCCUUCCUCAGGAAGGAACGUCCAGAGACGCCUGAUAUCAGGAAGGAACGCCCAGAGACGCCUGAUAUCAGGAAGAUCGUCCCGGAGCUGAAGGCCCGGAGCCUGGAGGGCACCACCAUUGUGUUCUCUGGGCUGUACCCCACCAACUACCCAAUGGAGAGAACCAGGGAGAACUACCACGCCAAGGCCCUGGGAGCAAAGAUAGGCAAGAGCCUCCUGCUCAGCUCUAAAGACCCUGGCAGAACCACGCACCUCAUUGCUGCUAGAGCAGGUACAGAGAAGGUGCGUCAGGCCCAAGGCUGUAAACGCCUCCAUGUGGUGAAUCCUGACUGGCUGUGGGGAUGUCUGGAGCGCUGGGAGAGGGUGGAUGAAUCACUGUAUCCACUGAAGGAGGACUACACCAAGACCCAACAGAGCAACAGCCCAGCCACGUUCCCUGACCACCAAGGGUCCUUCCAGAACCCCCUAUUCCCCCCUGCCCCCCUCCACCUCCCCCCUCCAGCUGCCCCUGAGGUGCGGACGUACGACCCGGUCACAGGGAAGCUGAUUCGCCGCGGGCUUCAGGCCUCCAGACCACCAUCUUACCUCCAGGCCUCCAUGUCUGCUGCCCACGGUGACCAGACAUCCCUGAGGGGGGGUCAGAAGGACCAGCAGGGGGAGAUGGCGGGUCCCUCCAGUCGAGACGAGGAGCAGCCUGGACCCUCCUGCCGCCGGAGGGAACGCCAGCCCAGCAUGUCAGAGACCAACCCUCUCUACACAUUCUGUAAAGAAGACCUGGACAGCAUGGACAAGGAGGUGGACGACAUGCUCGAUGAGGAGAGCGAUGAGGAGGGAGAAGGCCGGGGGAAGAAGACGAUGGAAGAGGAGAUGGAGGAAGAAGAGGUGCAGCGGCCAAAGGGUAGUGGACAGAGCACUGAGGGAGAGAAGCACCACCAACGGCACCACCACCACGAGCAGCAGCACCAUGACCAGCUGAAGCAGCACUAUCACCAGCUGCAGCAGCAGGGUCUGGCUACCGUUGUAGAGGAGACGGAGAAAACACAGACGCCGCCUAGUCACCAGGGCGGUACAGCGACGGCGGACAGCGUGCCAAGGGGACAGAAGCGCAAGCUUGCUGAGGCCAAGGAGGAGGAAGAGGGGGAGUCGGCGGACGAGUCCACCAAGGAUUCUAAUGAGGAAGAGGAAGGAAGCAGCUCAGAGGCUGAUGAGAUGGCCGCUGCCCUGGAUGCGGAGCUCAACGACUUCAUUUGACAAGGAUGAAUUUGAUUGGACAAAAGAACUGGGGCGUUUGAUUGGACGUUUAUGAACGAUGCCUCACAGAAACACUCUAAAUUACCCCAGCAGAUUUACGUCCAGGUGGUGCCUGAAUCUUUGUCUCUACGCUGUGUGCCAUGUGUGUGUGUGGAUGUGUUUUAACGAGGUUGAAUGUGUUGUACAGAAUGAAAAGGUAGGUUAGUACAGUAGGAAAACGUUGGUGUGUAAAUAUACACUCAAAAAAAUAAAGGGAACACUAAAAUAACACA